AUGGAAGGCGAGCAGAAGACUAACACCAGCCGGAAUACCACCGCCCUUGAACUGGUGGUAUUCAUCUUCUCUUUUGUUACCAUUGUCUGCCAUGUUAGAUUGUUGGCGAUGAGCAUGUCCAACUUCACUGACCAUGAGAUGGUGAUCCUCGCUGAUGCCAAAGAACUAGAAACUUGGCUUUGGUCAGUUCGCUAUGCCACCUCAGCCUUGUUCAUCGUCUUGCUCCCUGGGCGGCUGUAUCAACUUCAAAAACGGCCAGUCAGUGUCAGCUCCAACUGGCGUCUGUACCUCAAACUGGUCAUAACCACCUUGUUCUUCACCCAGCAACUUGUCACCGGCUAUGUCUUUAUCUCGGGAUCCGCGGUCGCGAGUCCGGUUCUAGUAGCGCUGCUUCCGGCCGCUUCACUGGGCCUUGUCAUCCUCUCUCAUUCAGAGCACCGGAGAUCUGUUAAGCCAUCAAGCCUGAUCCUCCUCUACCUCUUGACUUCUUGUCUUUUCGACUUGGUACAGCUUACAAUACCUUCUCUACGCCAUCUUGAUAACCACGAUGACCGCCUUAUCAUCGGAUGGCAGCUGGCAGUCAAGAUUUUAGUCGUCUACGUCGAGUGUCUGGCGAAAGAAAGCGUUGUGGACGAAGAAGAAGAAAGCGGCCAUGGCUCGCUAGAGGAGCGAGCAAGCUUUCUCAGCAGGGCUUUCGUCUCUUGGAUUAGUCCCGUCCUCAAGGAAGGCUACAGAAUGGUUCUCGUGAAUGAGAAGCUCCCAAGCGUCGACCAUGAAUUGGCGUCUGGAAAUCUUCGAGCGUCGAUUCUGCGAACGCUCUCCGAGUACUCUUCAUCUCCAUUAGCGUUGGUACUAUUCAGAUGUCUUCGUGCUCCCUUUCUAACAGUCAUUGUCCCGCGACUUUUCGUCAUCGGCUUUCGGUAUGGCCAGCCGGUAUUGAUUCGCUACGCCAUCGAAUAUGUACAGUCUCCUGAAACAAACGAGGAUCAAGGUUAUACACUAGUGUCCGUUGCCGCCAUCGUCUACAUUGGUCUCGCACUAUCAACGAGGGCAUACCAGCAGGGCUUAAAUCGAUUGCAGGUCAUGAUUCGAGGUGCCCUGCUUGGGUUGGUUCACGAACACUCGUUGCUCGCUCGUCAUGAGCCGUACAGCAAAGGGAAAACAGUGGCAAUUGCAUCAACAGACGUGAGUGCCCUUGAAGGUGCCCCAAGAAUGCUACAUGAAUCUUGGGCCUUGUUGGUUGAGGUAGUCAUUGGAAGCGUCCUGCUGGCUAAGCAAGUUGGAUGGCUAUGGCCGGUGCCUCAUGUUAUCAUUAUUGUAUGCUCUCGAGUUAGCAGAUACGUCGCACGCAACCUCAAAAGCAGCCAGGCUACGUGGAAUACUGCAACACAAGGACGGAUCUCCGCGACUUCUACGAUGUUGGGCUCCAUUAAGACCAUCAAAAUGCUGGGCCUUCAAAGCAUCGUUGAGAAACACAUCCUGGGAUUGAGACAAGAGGAGCUUGAUAAGGCGAAACAGGUGCGCUGGAUCAUGGCCAUAUACAAUGCGAGUGCCAACGCCCUGGGCAUGUUUGCUCCAGUCAUCACUAUUGUCCUCUUCGCCAUUAUCGCCAUGGCGAACGGGACCACUCUCGACACCAAAACAGCCUUCCCGACAAUCGCAACCCUUGCCUUAGUAACGCAUUCAGCAAACAUGGUCAUGACCAUUGUUCCCCAAGCGAUAGCGGCCUACGCGAGCUUCGACAGAAUUGAGGAUUACAUCAAGUCCAUAAAGGCAGUCAGCCGCUCACCGCGCCCUGGACAGCUAGCCGAAGGGAUCGAGGUAUCAAUCCGCGGCUUGACCGUAAAAUGGACUCCUGAACAAAGCAACCCAACUUUGGAGGAUGUCAACCUGGAGCUUUCACGAGGUAUGGUGGUUGCAUGCCUGGGACCAGUCGGUUCGGGAAAGACGAGUUUGGCUAGGGCGAUCCUGGGAGAAGUGCCACUGGUAAAGGGCACAGUCACAUAUGCUACCGACAGAAUCGCGUAUUGUUCACAAGUCCCGUGGCUUCCCAAUCGGACCAUAAAGCAAGUCAUUCGUGGGUCAAUGGCAAGAUACGGCGAUAUUGGUAACGAUUGGUAUCUGGCCGUUGUUCGGGCAUGCUGCCUCGACCAGGAUCUGGCUGUCCUUCCUGACGGUGAUGAGACCAUGGUGGGGGUUGACGGUAUGAAUUUGUCUGGUGGCCAGCGACAGCGCGUGGCUCUUGCGCGUGCCGUCUACCAUCGCUGUAAGAUGGUGGUACUUGAUGAUCCGUUCAGCGCGCUUGAUGGAAAGACUAGAGAUCAGGUUACUCAAAAUCUACUUGGACCGAAAGGGCUUUUCCGACAGCUAAAUGCUGCAGUGUUCUGGAUAACAAGCUCAACCAAAAAUGUAAAUCUGAGUGACAAUGUCAUCAUUCUCGAAAGACGCAUCACAGAACAAGGUACUUGGGAAGAACUGAGGGACAAGCACCAACAGAUUACCGAUUGCUUCCGUGAGGAUGCUUCGAAUACUAGCGAUAAGGAACAGUCAAAGCCAUCCGUAGUGACCAAGACAAAGGCGCGAAGCUCACCGACAUCGUCCACGGAUGACCUCAGACGCUCACAAGGUGAUCUGUCGCUAUACUGGUACUACUUUUCUAAUGCUGGACCUCUGAACAUCCUGCUCAUGGUAGCUUGUACGGCAUCGUACUCCUUCUUCAUCACCUUCCCCCAGUACUGGGUCAAAUGGUGGACCCAAAAUGACGAGCUCGAUUCGGCCAGCAAGAGAGACACGGUCUACUACGCUCUAGGUUAUGCCCUCCUAUACCUGAUGGCUUGGAUAUCCACGAACGGCACGAUGUUGUCGACCGUCUUUCGAAUUGCGCCAACCUCCGGGCUGAAUCUUCAUCGGAGCCUCGUGCACACCAUCAUGCAUGCGCCCCUCUUCUUUUUCUCCAUGGCAGACAUGGGCGUUCUCCUGAACUACUUCAGCCAGGACAUACAGCUCGUGGACAAGACGCUUGCGCAAGCCGUCAUGUCCUUUGCCAUUCAAGUGUGCAAGAUGAUUGUGCAAGCAUCUCUACUCCUUGCUGCUCAGCCCAUCAUGGUCGUCACUCUUCCCGUCUGUGCCGCGGUCGUGUACGCAAUCCAGAAGGUCUACCUGCGCACUUCGCGCCAGCUCCGACUCCUUGAACUGGAGAGUCGGGCGGCUGUGAAUUCGUCUCUUUUGGAAACCGUCCAGGGUAUCGAAACAAUUCGGGCAUUUGGCUGGCGAACCGAAGCGGCGAUAGAAAACAUUCAUGUCGUCGACAUAAGCCAGCGUCCCUUUUACCUGUUGCUUUGUCUUCAAAGGUGGCUUAAUGUUGUUCUCGAUCUUCUUAUCGCUGGUGUGGCCGUCGGCACAAUCUUUCUCGCAGUCAGCUUGAAGGGCACGGUGACAGGAGGCCAAAUAGGCGUGGCCCUAUCGGUCAUUAUUGCUGCCAAUGCCACUCUCCUGAGCCUGGUUCAGUCGUGGACAAACCUGGAGAUCUCCCUCGGUGCUGUUUCGCGGUUGAAGAGAGUGGAGGAAAAUACACCACAAGAGCCGGUUUCUGUUCCCUGCCCUGGCCUCAUCAGUCCAAACCACAGACCCUUUACCGGAUGGCCCUCGCCUCAGUUCUAUGACAGCACACCCGGACUAGUUCGGUUUGAAGGAGUCUUGGCAUCAUAUACGAGCAAUGGCCCUUUGGUACUCCAAGAUCUCGAUCUCGACAUUGCCUCCGGCCAAGUGGUGGUCAUUUGCGGACGGACAGGCAGCGGGAAAAGUUCCCUCCUCCUUGCGAUGCUUCGUCUAAUCAAUAUCCGCGACGGGACACUCCGCAUCGGGAACAAGGAUAUUCGUCAGGCUCCUCUGCAUAUCAUCCGUGAAAAAGCCUUCAUCACAGUCACGCAGGACUCGUUCCACUUACCUGAUGCAUCUCUGCGCUUCAACCUUGACCCAACAUGUCUAUUUCCCAACGACGCCCUGAUAUCAGUCCUUCAAAUCCUCGGGCUAUGGAUCCAUCUCUCAUCGUCCUCCUCAAUCAAUUAUCCAUAUUCAGAGCAUCCAGUCAUCGACGAAACCAGCCCUCUUCUCAACACCACCACCCCCUCUCCAAGCCCUUCCUAUCACCCCAUCCUCGACACUCCCCUCUCCCUCCUCCCCACCCUCUCCACCGGCCACCUCCAACUCCUCUCCCUCUGCCGCGCCAUCAUCAAAGCCCGACACAUGCACACCAUACAUGUAGCCCAAGCCGCCCCAGAGGAAGAAGAAUACAGACGAGGAGACACAACUACCAAUCCAGACGUUUGCUCAUCUGCUUCUUCUACUACCGACCCGGGCUUUCGUAAACCGGACGACAUCAUGAAGCCGAUUAUUUUGCUGGAUGAAAUCACGGCUUCGUUGGAUGAGAAGACGGAGCAAAUGGUGCUUAGGGUCGUAAGGGAGGAGUUUGUGCAAAACAAGUAUACGGUCUUGAUGGUUACGCAUCGGGUGGAGGCGGUAAGGGGUGCUUUGUUAGGGGGGAGGUCAAGGUGGGUGGAGGAGGAUUUGGUGGUGAGUAUGGAGGGGGGAAAGAUAGUGGGGGUUGAGAAGGUGGGUGGGCGACGCUGA